CUAGGUGGAGAGAGAGAGAGAGAGAGAGAGUCGGUGUUGUGCAUGCAUACACACCGACAGCCACACCCACAGCCACACCCACUUAGACUUGUAUUACCAAGGGGGGAACCUGUCUGGUGGAGAGAGGACAACAAUGGAGAGAGAAAGAGGGGAAAUAAUGAUGGGAGAAAGAAGUAGCGAGGGCAUUGGAGGGCAAGGUGCAGGGGAACCCGUAGCCAUCAGGUAUGAUUGCAGUGCUCCCAAUCAUCACUAUGAUGGUGAUGGUGAUCGUCAUGGUGGUGAAUAUAGCAUGAGUGAGGCUGCUGCUGCGAUCGAUGAUGGCAGAGGAGUAGUUGAUUGGUCGAGUCUGAAUGACCACCUGCUUAUGCAGAUCUUCGGCUUGCUUACCACCGUAGAUCGGUGUCGUUUGUGCUGUGUGUGCAAGACCUGGCGCCAUGUGGCGAUGGAUCCCAGUUUUUGGUGCAUGGAAGGCAAUUUGUAUUCUCUUUCUGUGAGCAAGCCGCAUGCGACUGAGCAAGCCGUCAAGGCUGUUGUGCUGCGGAGCAGAGGCACGCUAGUCAAUCUCUUUUUCCAAUCCUGCAAACGGUCAUUACUUGAGUUCAUUGGGCGCAACUGCCCAAUGCUGGAAGGGUUCAUAGUUGGGGAUGUGAAGUUUUUUACCUUGCACGGAGGGGAAAGGGAGUGGAUGCCUGCUGUAAGUGCUUUCGUGCAUGGAUGCGGCGAUCGACUGCGAUCGCUGAAGAUCUUGUUCCAGGUGACCGAAAUUCAUGUUAAGGUGCCGAGACGACGUGGAGAAAUCUCGGAGGUUGUGAAAGCGCUCGUAACGGGCCUCCCGAAACUGGUUUGCUUGGUGCUACAUAUAACUGGGGCUGACCGUCUGACAGAUAGGGAUGUGAGAGUCAUUACACAGAAUCUGCCUCGGUUGGAAGUUUUGAAAUUGACUGGUGCUCGUAUCACGAAUGCUAGCCUGGAUCUCAUUGGGACAAGGCUGGACAACUUGCGGUCAUUACAUGUGGAUAGCUGCAGUAAGUUGACGCGAGAGGCUGUAGAUUCUCUUCGGUCUAAUUGGGAAAACCUCCAAGUGUCCGCAAACGGCAUAUUCCGGUAGUAGCAGCUGGCUGCGUAGCACGGCGAACGUGUUCGCGCCCCUUCACGUUCACAUGAACAGCUCGCGAACAUGUUCCG